AAGCAAAACCCAUCUAUCCAGGGCUUUCGGAGGAAAAGGGACGCUGUGCAUGUGGGAUCAAGGAUCAGGAGUGUGAGAGAGGCAAAUCAACAGAUUUGGGCGCAAGUUAGGCGAUAUAAGUCCGCCCGUCGCCAAGUUCGCUUGAAAUUUCUUUCCAUUGAACCGUUCACCUCCCAACCACCUCUCCUGGCCCUUCCUCGACCCAAAUGCACGUAGUCCCUCCUCUCAACAUGUCCAACAUCCUCGCACACGACGCUCCUCUUAUGUCCCCAACCACCGCCGAAUGGGAUCACGUUCCCUUCUCACCGACCCAGCUCGACACUUUUGGUCUUCAGCUUCAAUAUCCUGUUUCUCCGACACCUUCACAUGCCAUGAGCCAUAUGCAGUCACCUAUACCUGCUGCUAUGAUGUUGCGAGGCAGGCUGAGCCCAGAUUACUCCGACUCUGAACCCCAGAUGUGUGUUCCUACCCAUCAAGUGUUCGACUGCCCACCGGCACCUGUUUCUCCUGAGCCUGCCUCAGAGGUUGCUGAGCCCCCAGCUAGGCUUUCCAUCACUGUGAACCCUCCUUCGAGCGUUGUUCCCGCAAAGCGGGCUUCAAGCGCGACGCCAAGCACAAGCAAGAAACCGCGGGCUGCUGAGCGUGUUACGACCAAGGACUUCGUUCCCCCCGAUGUCUCAGGUCUGAGCAAGAGGGAAGCUCGUCUGGUGAAGAACCGUGCUGCUGCUUUCCUGAGCAGACAACGGAAACGAGAGGAGUUUGAGAACAUGGAAAUCCGAGUAGCGGAACUAGAACAGGAGAAUGCUCGUUUGCUUGCGCUUGCGAAUAACAAGCCUGAGCCUCAGGAGGAUUUGGUCUCCGAGGUUGAGCUGCUGCGCCGUCAAUUAGCUGCAGCUGAGGAGCGCGAACGCGAACUGAACGAGGAGCUCUCACGUAAAGAAGCUGCCCGUUCGCAACCGGUGAAGAUGGAGAUGGUGGAAGAUUCACCUUUACCAUCACGUUCGGCAUCAGUACAGCCGCAGAUGAAGAGCGGAGCUAGCCUCGGUCUUAUGGUCUUGCUUUGCGCUUUGCCUACGCUUCUGUCGGUCCCUACGCAUUCGGCGCUGCCCACUUCGUUUUCGUUCCCCAUCUCGGAUUCUUCUUCCCUCCCGCCAUCGUCCUCGACAUUCGACAUCAAUUCGUUCAUGCCGGGCGACUUUGACUGGUCGUUCAAUGGCGGGUCGAUCAUGGACUUGGACGUAGACAACCACGGUCGGGUGAGCGGUUCUACGCUUUCGAGCGCAGGCAACGGCAAGAAACUGGAGUUCGUCGACGUCGAUUCGGAGGCGCUUGGUUUGAGCGGUUUGGACAUUUCGUUUGAUGCUCAGGCAUCACAGGACGGCAAGAUCCGGGUUCGCAUCCACCCUCCUCCGGCAUCGACGCCUCCCACUUCAGCCCCUUCGCCCGAGUCGCAUUCUGAAGGCGAGGACAUGUCGGUGUGGGGCGGUAGCGAGGUCUCUGGUCCCACUUCUGAUGCGAGCUCGAGUUCUCUUGCAGGUGCACUUGGUAAUCCACCGGAGGGGGAUCAGCUCGGGCCUUUCCUUGGUAUUGGCGGCGAUAUGGACUUUGGCUCGCUAUCACAUCUGUCCGGCAUGUCGAUAGACGCAGGUGGGGUGGCUUUCCCGCCGUACUCGUCGAUGGACACGGGAUUUGACUUUGGCGGCUUAUCAUCGACAUCCUCAUCUGGCCGGCGUAGAGUGAGGAUCGCGCUGAAGAGCCUUCCUGGAGAGGGCGCUGAAGGCGGCGAGUGGGAAGUCCAAGUCUGCUGAAUAGAAAUGAACUUUCAUGGUCGUUAUAAUGGUUUGAAUAUGUCUCUUUAUUGCGGGUUAUUGUUAGUCUUGGUGACGCUUUCUGCCUUCACCCUCCCCUCCUCUCUACACGUACAUUGAUCGUUUAUUACUUGUCCAUGGCUCUCGCUCUCGCACUCGUUUACAUGCACCCUCUCUAUGCACACUUAUACAGAUACAUAUACAUAGCACGCGUCUUGCACCCUUCUAGUUCCUAGUAUUUCUUUUUGAAACUUCGUACCCCUUCUCUUGUUGUAUAUAUUCAAAAGUAGGAUAGCUCUGGCUGCCUCGGUUUUUCUUCGUGUACAUGUGUUGUUUAUUCUUUCUUAUAGUGACCCUGCCAUACAUACCCUUGGAAUAGAUACCUUCGCGUAGUUUUCAUGCAAUGAUCCACUCCUUUCGUUAUGCAUUCCUUACUUAGACUCGGCGGAGACGGACUUCAUCAGAUGGCGACAUCAUAAUAUCAUGCUCCGCGUCCUUC